AUGUCCAGCCCAGGGGAGUUCGUGCAUGAUGAUCAUUGCUUCAAUGGUGGUGACACUGGCUUCAGUGAGGAUGCUGGCAUUAGUGCCACGAUCUUCCCACUUGAUGCAAAGGAUCUUCUGGAGGCAUCAUUGAACCUUCUGGGUUUAAAUCCCCGUAUGCAAACUCAUGCAACUCUUUGUUCAAGUGCAGUAAAGAAACAAGACAAGAAACAUUGGAAAAGGAAUGCUGAUAAGAGCAGUUCAAACUGUGAGACGCUAGAAAAUAAUUUUGAUGACAUCAAGCAUACGACUCUUAGUGAACGUGGGGCACUUCGAGAAGCAAUGAGGUGCUUAAAGUGUGCAGAUGCCCCCUGUCAGAAGAGCUGCCCAACUAAUCUAGACAUCAAGUCAUUUAUCACAAGUAUUGCAAACAAGAACUAUUAUGGAGCUGCCAAAAUGAUUCUUUCUGACAACCCACUGGGUCUGACAUGCGGAAUGGUAUGCCCAACCUCAGAUCUUUGUGUAGGUGGAUGCAAUUUAUUUGUUACAGAGGAGGGACCAAUUAAUAUUGGUGGAUUGCAGCAGUUUGCUACUGAGGUGUUCAAAGCUAUGAAUAUUCCUCAGAUUAGAAGCCCUUCCUUACCUCCCCCAGCAGAGAUACCUGAAGCCUACCAUGCAAAGAUAGCUCUCUUUGGUGCUGGGCCUGCAAGUAUAAGUUGUGCUUCUUUUUUGGCUCGAUUAGGUUACUCAGACAUCACCAUAUUUGAAAAACAGGAAUACACUGGUGGCUUAAGUGCGUCUGAAAUCCCUCAAUUCCGGUUGCCAUAUGAUGUCGUGAAUUUUGAAGCUGAGCUUAUGAAGGACCUUGGAGUGAAGAUAGUUUGUAAUAAAGGUCUUAGCACAGAAGGAAUGACAAUCAACACCUUGAAGGAAGAUGGCUACAAAGCAGUCUUCAUUGGAAUAGGUUUACCAGAGCCAAACAAAGAUGGUAUAUUCCAAGGAUUAAGAAUGGACCAAGGUUUCUACACAUCUAAAGACUUUCUACCACUGGUAGCAAUGGCAAGUAAACCAGGAAUGUGUGCCUGUCACUCUCCAUUGCCAUCGAUACAGGGAACUGUAAUUGUACUUGGAGCAGGAGACACUGCUUUUGAUUGUGCAACAUCUGCUUUACGCUGUGGAGCUCGCCGUGUAUUUGUGGUCUUCAGAAAGGGAUUCACUAAUAUCAGGGCUGUCCCUGAGGAGAUGGAACUUGCAAAAGAAGAAAAGUGUGAAUUUCUGCCUUUCCUCUCACCUCGGAAAGUUGUAGUGAAAGGCGGACGAAUUGUUGCUAUGGAAUUUGUUAGAACUGAGCAAGCUGAAACUGGACACUGGAUUGAAGAUGAGGAUCAGAUAGUCCGUUUGAAAACAGAUGUGGUGAUCAGUGCCUUUGGUUCAGUUUUAGGUGACCCUGAAGUAAAAGAAGCCAUGAAUCCUAUCCAGUUUAAUAGAUGGGGUCUUCCUGAAGUGGAUCCAGAGACCAUGCAAACCAGUGAACCAUGGGUUUUUGCCGGUGGUGACAUUGGAGGUUUAGCUAACACUACAGUGGAAUCAGUGAACGAUGGAAAACAAGCUUCCUGGUAUAUGCACAGAUACAUACAGUCUUUAUACGGUGCUGCAGUUUCUACUGCUCCAGAAUUACCUCUCUUCUAUACUCCUAUUGAUUUGGUAGACAUCAGUGUAGAAGUGGCUAGACUGAAGUUUCCAAAUCCCUUUGGUCUUGCCAGUGCAACUCCAACUACUAGUUCCCCAAUGAUUCGAAGAGCAUUUGAAGCGGGAUGGGGAUUUGCUCUGACCAAAACAUUCUCCCUCGAUAAGGACAUUGUAACCAAUGUUUCUCCAAGAAUUAUACGUGGAAUUACAUCAGGCCCCAUAUAUGGCCCAGGUCAAGGCUCUUUCCUAAAUAUUGAGCUUAUCAGCGAGAAAACUGCAGAAUAUUGGUGUAAAAGUGUCACUGAACUGAAGGCUGACUUUCCCAACCAA